AUGUUGUCCAUGAUGAAUAGCAACCGGUCUGUCAGCUCCGAUGCUGGCAGCAAAACCAACCUUAGCAGCGGUAGCACCAAUAAAGGAACAUCCGUUGCACACGUAAUCGCGACAUUAGCUUCUAGCGAAAGUACCGACUCACAAGAGUUUGGCCAUGUGACUCUACAUCCCGCAGUCAAACCAUCAAAUAAAGAAUUAACACGACAUCACAAGCAAAUCAGCAGCGCAGCUGACAAAGCUGGAACGGUGCACUCGUCGGUCUCUCGUGUCAGUGCGGCAAAAACAGCGCUAAAGGCUACAAAGAAGCGAUCAACCAAGUCGAAGUGUCCCCCAGGAUUACGUAGUGGCAAGUGGACGGUAGAGGAGGAAACUUUUACGAAUAUGAUCAUUCACUACUUCAAGCGCGGCCUUCUUGACGUGGAGGAUGGCACAUCACUUCGCUGGUAUCUCGCCAAGCGUUUGAACUGCGAAGCGAUGCGCGUAACGAAAAAACUUAAAGGCAACAGCUCCAUUGGCAAACAAAUUUUUCGCUCGAUUGAAAAUACACCUGCUAAUCGUGAGGCAUUUCGACGCGCUCAACAAGAUCUGUGUGUCGUAGAAGCUAAAUUUCUCGAGUCUCUCAGCGGCAGUGGAGUUGGUCCGGCUACGCAACAUCAUCCGCCUUCGUUGUUGCCGUCUUCACUUGCUGUGUCGCUCCGAGGUCGAAAAAUCAUGCCGAGCAUUAAGUAUAGCGAAGGUCAAGUACCUUUAGCUCCAAUGCCGCAGCCCAAAUCUGAAGAUGCGAGACUGCUGAUGCACUUCUUUUGUGAGGCACAUGACACGGGUUCUGAAGAUGAACCAGAAGAUGAACCGCGAAUGGCGGCUGGCAGCCUAGUCGUAGACUUGAGCGGAAAGUUAGGCAAGAAGCGACACCUGUCGUGUGUUUCCAGUGUGGAUAAAUCCGAGAGUGACACGUUACUAGAACAGAUAGAUGGUGUACAAUCAACGAAGCGGCAGGUUGUUGAGACCGUCAAUGGCACUGACUGA